UGUAACAUGGCUGAAGCACAUCAGGCUGUGGGCUUCCACCUCUCGCUGACCUCGGAUGGGGCAGAAGUGGAUCUCAGUGCCCCCAUGUUGAAGGAGAUCUGUCUCUCUGGACUGCGCUCAUGGAAAAGGCGACUCUCCCGUUUCUGGAACGACAUUCUCACCGGUGUGUACCCUGCCAGCCCUCUCAGCUGGCUCUUUCUCUUCGGUGCAAUCCAGCUCGCCUGGUUCCUCCAGCUGGAUCCUUCCCUGGGACUCAUGGAUAAGAUCAAGGAGUUGCUGCCAGACUGGGGUGGGCAGCACCACGCGCUACGGGGGGCCCUGGCGGCUGCACUGUUUGCCUCCUGUCUGUGGGGAGCGCUGAUCUUCACACUCCACGUGGCCCUGAGAUUGCUUCUAUCCUACCAUGGCUGGCUCCUGGAGCCCUACGGCACCAUGUCCUCACCUACCAAGACCUGGCUGGCCCUGGUCCGCAUCUUCUCCGGCCGCCACCCGAUGCUCUUCAGUUACCAACACUCCCUGCCACGCCAGCCGGUGCCCUCCGUGCAAGAGACCGUGCGCAAGUACCUGGAGUCUGUUCGGCCGGUCCUCUCCGACGAGGACUUCAACUGGACUGCGGUACUAGCACACGAAUUCCUGAAGCUUCAGGCGUCCCUGCUGCAGUGGUACCUACAGCUCAAGUCCUGGUGGGCGUCCAAUUACGUCAGUGAUUGGUGGGAAGAAUUCGUGUACCUGCGUUCCCGAAAUUCCUUGAUGGUGAACAGCAACUACUAUUUGAUGGACUUCCUGUACGUCACACCCACUCCCCUGCAGGCUGCUCGCGCGGGGAAUGCGGUCCAUGCUCUGCUCCUGUACCGUCACCGCCUUUCCCGCCAGGAGAUCCUUCCAACUUUGCUGAUGGAGAUGCGUCCCCUGUGCUCUGCCCAGUAUGAGAAGAUAUUCAACACCACCCGUGUUCCAGGGGUCCAAAAAGACCACAUCCGCCACCUUUGUGACAGCCGACACGUGGCCGUCUUUCACCGGGGUCGAUUCUUCCGCGUGGGAACCCACUCCCGAAAUGGUCUACUCUCCCCGCGGGCCCUGGAACAACAGUUCCAGCGCAUCCUGGAUGACCCCUCCCCCGCCUGUCCCCACGAGGAGCACCUGGCUGCCUUGACCACAGCACCCAGGGGCACGUGGGCCCAGCUCCGGAGGUGGGUGAAGACUCAGGCUGAAGACGCCCUGGAGACGGUGGAAGGAGCCGCUUUCUUUGUGUCCCUGGACUCUGAGCCCGCAGGACUCACCAAGGAGGACCCCGCGGCUUCAUUGGACGCCUAUGCACAUGCCCUGCUGGCUGGCCAGGGUCAUGACCGCUGGUUUGACAAAUCCUUCACCUUAAUCGUCUUCUCCAAUGGGAAGCUGGGCCUCAGCGUGGAGCAUUCUUGGGCCGACUGUCCUAUCUCAGGACAUAUGUGGGAGUUCACUCUGGCCACAGAAUGUUUUCAGUUGGGCUACUCAGCAGACGGCCACUGCAAGGGACAUCCUGAUCCCACACUGCCCCAGCCCCAGCGGCUGUACUGGGACCUUCCAGACAAGAUCCAUCCAUGCAUCUCUCUAGCCCUCAGGGGAGCCAAGACCUUAUCUGGAAACAUCGACUGUCACGUGUUCCCCUUUUCCCAUUUUGGCAAAAGCUUCAUCAAACGUUGUCAUCUCUCUCCAGACAGCUUCAUCCAGAUGGCCUUGCAGCUGGCCCAUUUCCGGGACAGAGGUCAGUUCUGCCUGACUUAUGAGUCAGCCAUGACUCGCUUGUUUCUGGAAGGCCGGACGGAGACAGUGCGGUCUUGUACGAAGGAGGCCUGCAACUUUGUGAGAGCCAUGGAGGAUGACGAGAAGACAGAUGCUCAGUGCCUCGCCCUGUUCCGCCUGGCAGUGGACAAGCACCAGGGCCUGCUGAAGGCGGCGAUGAGCGGGCAGGGGGUCGACCGGCACCUCUUCUCAUUGUACAUCGUGUCCCGGUUCCUCCACCUGCAGUCGCCUUUCCUGGCCCAGGUUCACUCAGAGCAGUGGCAGCUGGCCACCAGCCAGAUCCCUGUUCAGCAAAUGCACUUGUUUGACAUCCACAAUUACCCUGACUAUGUUUGCUCUGGGGGUGGAUUUGGACCUGCUGACGACCAUGGUUACGGUAUUUCUUAUAUCUUCAUGGGGGACGAUAUGAUCACCUUCCACAUCUCCAGCAAAAAGUCAAGCUCAAAGACGGACUCCCACCGGCUGGGGCGACACAUUGAGGAUGGCUUGUUGGACGUGGCCUCCUUGUUCCAGGCUGGACAGGACCUUAGGUGCAGGCGCCGUGGGGUAGUUGAGAAGGACUCAGGACGCAAGUGCGGAGCCCUCUCCAGCCAGACGUAG